GGUCCUUAGAUAUUGAAUCAUCUUACUUUAGUCUUAGUUUUGAUUUAGACCUCUAACACUAGAGUCACUAGACCAUACCUAGUCUAGAUCUAGAUCUAUCUAUAUCUAGAUACUAGUCUACUAUCUAGAUCUAUAUAGAAUCUAGAUCUGGUGAUUAGAGAUUUUUAAAGAUGUCUACAAAUACAGAAGGCAUAUAUAUGUCUGAUUUUUCUGGUAAUACAAUAUUUGGAAACCUAAAACAAUUUUCAAAGCUGAAUGAGAAAAAGACCAUCAAUACAGAACUUUUCAUACAAGCCUGCAAAGAUGUGACAACUUUAUUAGAUCGUCUGGGUGCACAGUUUUCCAUUGCUAAAAAAGACAUGCUUGGAAAUGUUAAGAGAAUAGAGGAACGUUUUAACACUAACAAAUCACAGUAUACGACUUUAAAUUCAAUUAUGGAAGAGGAUUCUAAAGACUCACCUAAAGGUCACACAAGUGCUAUAGUGGGAAUUUUAUGGCUCAAAAGAGGGCUGGAGUUUUUAUGUGCUAUUCUUGAUGGGUUACUGAAGGCCUAUGAGAAAAAGGUCAUAGAUGACAACCUGAGGCCCAUAAUACUUGAAGCAUACGAGAAGACAUUGAAACCUUACCAUGGCAUGGUCUCUAAGUUUUUGUUUUCAAAUCUGACACGGUUAGUACCUUCAAAAAGUAACUUCAAUAAGGCUUUGUUGUUGAGAGAGGAUGCAACUAAUGAAAUGCUGUUUAAGGACAUAUCCCUGUAUCUAGAGAAUUUCAAGGAUAAUUUGGAACUGAUUAACUCUUUGUUUGUUCAGUAUGGACUCAACCUGGAAGAAUCUUCGAAAUAGAAGUUUAGAUUCAUGAGAUUGAUUGUUCUAUUUGUUACCUCUAAAGAAUUCCUCACCUGUUGACAAUAUUAAUAUAGUUGGUAGUUUAUUGGGUAGACUUUAAACUGUACUUAUUUAUAUAUAGAUAUAGAUUUAGAUAGUAUAAAAAAGAAGUGCAACACUCUCAUUAUGUUAUUCACUGGUAGAUGUUUAUAAGCUAGGAGAUUUAUAUCAUUUUUUUAUACCAAUGAUGUAACAUUUACUCAUCUUCUGUUAUAAUGAUUUUUUAAGUACUAUACACAAGUUAAAGGAAAGUACCAUUUUCAUCUGUUUCUAAGGAUGAUGGGUAACGAGAGUAUCUUGCAGCCAGCACCUUUUGCCAUUUCUUCCCCAAACUAUUGUUUCGUGCCGUUUGCUGGGAUCAGAACCCGAGUCCCCCUCAGUUUGGGAGCCAGGUUUUUUACCACUCAGCCACCAUACCACAACAUACAUAAUAACUACCAGUUCAAAGAAUAACAACAUUGGACCAUAACUUCUUGGUGGUGAUGUUGCUUUUUUUAGCCUUUCAUAGAAUUUUAACUUUUUCUCUAACUUGUUGUUUAGUAAGUUGUGACUGUAACCCAAGUUUCAAUUAUCACUUUUAUAUUUUUUUAUUCUUUGCACUUUCUUUCAACUCAGAUGUCUACUUUACUUUGUGGACAUACAAAUAUUGUCUAGCUAACUCUUCUCCAGCUUUUGAAAGAAAGAAAUAUAUCAGCAAACCCUCACACCUCUUCUUUUUUUUUUACUUUUUUUGACAAAGCUACAUUUUUUAACUCUUUCUCUCCAUAAGUAUUUCCAUGUUUCAAUGGAAUUAUUCAUUUUAUUCAUUUGGUAUCAUCAGUUGGAGAGAAAGAGUUAAAGCAUUCUAUGAAAACAAAAGUUAAUUUGUUGUUUUUAUUGCUAAUUCGCCAUACAUUCCAUUUGAGAAAUUUCUUUUUUGGCCUUGCCACACAGUCAAAUAUAAAGUAGUAAAGUUAUAGGACCUCCAGUCCUCUGUUGCUAACUUAGCUGAGACUUCUAAAGCCAAUGCAAUUGUUCUGACUGCUGAACAUGUUGACAACAUUCUUUUUUGUGUCAUCCUCCUUCUAUUGUGUGAUAAUUAUCCAUGUGAUAAUCUUUUUGUUUUGUCUCUCGACCACCACUUCCUAACUAUUGAUAACUUCACAUUUGCUUGUCUUGUAUUGAAAUGUAGAAUUCAAUGAAGAUAACAAUCAUGUGAAAGGUCAGCAAGACAAAUACAAUUUAAUAACUUUUUUUUGGUGCUUUUGUUACAGGCAUUUGAUGUAAAUAAAGCUAGCAAUAUACUUAUGGUCAUUCCUGUCAAAGCCUGUCACUUGGAAUAUUUUAAAAAAUUUUAACUAAAUGUUUAAUAAAUAUUGACUGUUUAAUGUGUCUAGAUCAGUGAUAAUUAAACUGAGUACAUAUUGUUUUAUAAGAGCCUUGUUUUCAGACUUGAUCCCUAUAAUAAUUUUUUUUUUAAAUUUUAGAAAUGAAUCAUUCUAUAUUUGUUUCAUAGCCAAUAUCUGAACUUUGAUUCAUGGUAACCUCAUGAUGAUGAUGAGGAAUUUAUAUUCAAUAUUGAAACUAUAAAAAUAUUUAGGCUAAGGCAUGUUUUCAUGUCACCAAUCAUGUAAAAAGGUCAAUUUUUUUUCUAAUUAAUUAAAUUCUAUUUUUUUUGUUUCAUUGUCACAAUCUGGUUAGCUUCAAUUCAGGACAGUCUAAGAAUUCAUAUUCAGUAUAGAAAAUAUAUGUAUUUGGUUUUGAGGCAUAUAUUGACAUGUCACCAAUCAUGUAACUGAAUUUAAUGUCAAGAAGUAAAACUCAUGACUUGUUAGCAUAUCACUACAAUAUUAAGCCAAAUCAAUUGUAUCAUCUACUUCAGUACAGUUCAGUUGAACCUAGCUGUAUCUGAGGAACAACCGAAACCAUACUUUGUCAAAAGAAAAGAGAUAGACUUUACCAAGCUCAAUGUAAUGAGAUCUAACUCAUUUUUGUUGUCUGUGUUCAAGUUCAUUUAUGUAUGUUUAGAUUAAGUCGACUGCUUCUUAAUUGAGAUCAGAUGGUGUCAAGCAGUGGUUUCUAAAGAGCUUGGGACACCAUUAGUUAAGUGAUCUUAAGGCUUUUUGUGGGCAAAUUAAAAACUUCAUUAAAGGUUCAGUGGUUGUUAUAUAUUUAUAUGUGAGGGGGUGGGGCGUUCAUUCAGAAAUUAAGAAAAAAAGAUUGAAUUCCCAAUAUUUAUAUAUAUUUACAUAUUAUAUCUUGAACUUUAACAUAUCACUUUACAUUCCAUGAUAACCUUCUAUAUAUCACUCACAUUGUGCUCAAUUUUGUUGUAAUGCUAUUAUUCUGCCAUAAUUUACACAUUACUUUAUUGACUUAAUUUGCCAUGUCUGCCAUUAUGUUUUGAUUUUGUUGUUUGGAUACCUACAUUUUUAUUUCAUCUAAAAUAUAAUUGCCAGUUGUGUUCAAUCUUAAAUUGAUAACAUGGUAGUGAAUACUUUUAUUACGAGAGGUUGUUUAGGGCUAUGGUUUUAUUUCAUUUCAAUAAUAUUUUCCCUGGGUGAACCUUGUUCUUUUGGACAGGAUGACAAUUAGUUUUACUUCAAUGGUGCUGAAAUUUUGUUUUAUUUCACUAAUAUAAUUGGUAUUAAAUCUUUGACAAUAAAUGUUUUAAUUUGUA